AUGAAUUACCCAACUUCUUGCUUCAUUACAGUCGCGUACGAAUCGAGAGGCAUGUCAGCAAACAAGAAAGGAGGACGCAAGUCAGAGCCAUUCGUCGCGGGAGACGCAGAGCACAAGUACAACGAGGGCGAUAUCGUGCUUGGAAAGAUCAAAGGCUAUCCAGCGUGGCCGGGGAAGAUUAUCAAGUCGGAGAACGUCCCACCCCGCGUUCAGAGAGACAAGCCUAAGAAGAAGAAGGACGUCUACGCUAUACGCUUCUAUCCCACGGGCGAGUAUAUGUGGGCGAAUACAAAGGAGAUGAGCGCCCUCACCAAAGGCGAAAUCACAAAGUACCUCGACGACAGCAGCAAGAAGCGCGAGGGCGAUUUGCGCAAGGGCUAUCAGAUCGCUCUCGAUCCCGUCGACUGGGAGGAGGAGCACGAGAGAAGACUGGCUGAGAUGGAAGCAGAGGACGAGUUGGACGAUGAGGAGGACGAGGAGGCCGCUGGCAGCAAGCGUCGCAGUAAGGGUACUGGAAAGAGCUCCGCUAAGAAGACAAAGACGGAACAUAGAAAAACUAACAAGGUUACUGGCAGCGACGUCGAAGAUGAGACGGAUGAGCCAACAAAGGUUAAGUCUUGGAGACACGAGUUGCAGCGUAUCUUCUUGGGCUUUGAACCCGUCAAGGCUGAAGUUAUGCCUAAAGCUGAUGCUCAGUAUAAGAUGAUCGAGGGUGAUAGCGAUGUGUCUGUCGAAGCGAUUACUACUUCUAAGAUUAACAAGGUACUCAAGCGUAUCAUUGGAAUGGAGAAUAUUCCAGAGGACAAUGAGUACAAGAUUCGUGAGCGUUCACAGGUGCUCUACGACAAAUUUGAGAAGAUACUGGCUGCUAAUGGUGCCGAUGAAAAGAAGGAGGAAGAAGAAGGCGAGAAGGAGGAGAAAAAGGAGGGUGAGCAAGGUGAUAAGAAGGAAGGUGAGCAAGAGGAGAUGAAGGUAGAUGAGGAAAAGAAAGAAGAAAAUGAUAGCAAGGAAGAAAAAGUCGAUGAGAAGGUCGAUGAAAAUGCCGAUAAGCCAGCGGAGGAGGAUAAGGAAGAUAAGAAGGAGGAUAAGAAGGAGAAUACAGACAAUGCAAACAAUUCAAACCAAGCAGACAACACAUCAAACCCAGAGAACACUGAGAAACCAGCUGAUCAGGGCACUCAAGACACCUCAAAGCCAGAUGAAAAAGCUGAAAAAACAACAGAAAAUGGCACAGGGCCAGAGUAA